AUGCAAUUAGGGAGAAUAGCUAGAUGCCCUCUUGGCACACAUAGAUUAAGGACUUCGUUUACGGUUCCGGCGCCGCCCCGGUCCUUUGCGCCGCCGGCAGUCGCUUCGCAACGGCAGAAGUCGGUAAUUGCACGUGCAAAGCGGAGUAGCAAACGAUUAAAAAAGCAGGAUGCAUCUGAAACUGGCGGUGUCGACUCUGCGUCGGGCUGGGAUGCCGCGCUCGCGAACGUCCCAACGAAGGAUGAAGCCGCCUGGGCGCAAGACGGAGACGUUAGCCAAGAGGCGUCCGACCUGAACGCAUCUGCAUCUGCAGAAAGGACGUCAGCGCAGGGUCCUGAUCCCUCAGAGUCUGCGCCGAGCACUAGCUAUGCCGAGAGUAAAAAUCAGGCCGAUAGCAGUCGAAAGCCUAAGAGCACUGUCAUCACGCUGGCCGAAUACAACCUACUCAUGGACGCGGUGGCUACUAAAGAGAAGGAGCUUGCAGCGCAAAGGGAAAAGGCGGCUCGGGAGGCGGCCGGGAGCUCUGCGCUAGCGGUCCCUGAGGUCUCUCCACUGGAUCUAAGCCGCCAGGGCUUCCAGGCCUUUGCGCUGGACGGCGGCGACCUGGAGCUGUUGGUUUCGGAGACAAAAGACGGAAAGCUGCUGCUUUCCGAUUCGUACGUGGCUGUCAAGUCGGCAGACGGCGGUGGCGGCGGCUCGCCAACUGCGCAGUACUCGCGACCGCAUCUGGACGGGGAGAUGCCCUCGGAACCUCUGCUGUUUCAGGCAAUACCCUGGACGGAACGCGGCAGCAGCGACAUGUUCAAGCGCAAGGCUGCGACCAACAAGGUGAAGAAAGUCUACUUUCUUUGCCUCGAGCCCUCGGAGCACGGCGGGCUUGAGAGCCCCGUGUUUGACCUGGACAACGUUUUCGUGUUCGACGGAAAGUGUUGUUGCAUGGUGGAGGGCUCCCUCUGGGGGGGGGGGCACCCGGGUCGGAUUCUAAAGCGCGGGAGCCGGGUGCUGUCCCGUAGCGAGGUUCGUGUGGUGGGCUCCCUGCCGAUGCUGGAGCCUGUGCUGCGGAUAAGGCCCAGGCCAGCCGGAUUCAGUUAUAGCGCGCGCGAGAGUGCUACACACACCAGCUGCCGCAGACACCGGCAGUAUGAAAGCAGGUCUGGGGCUUGUGGGUCAGGUUGCCGCUGUGGCGGCAGGCCUUCCGGGAUUACGUUGGAAGAAUCCUUUCUGCUACCCGACCCCAUCGAGGUCUCGAUGAACACGGCCUCUGGCCUUGCGGAUAUGUCACCCGAGGAGUUGGCGGAGCGGAUGGAGGAGCUGGAGAAGGCGGCUGAGUCCUUGGACGAGUUUGACGAGAUGCCGGACGCGCCCAGUGUCGACAUGAUGUAACUUGUAGUCGGAU